AUGAUUGGGGCUACGUUGAACAAGGAAAACAUGACGGACAUGACUAAGUUUUAUUGCUCCGCUCGUUCUGAUCUCUAUAUGACGCCCAGCUCGUCGACCGGCUCGUUGAACUCGUUAUUUUGUCGUAUUUGCCACAUGAGUAAUGAUGAACUGAUUCGGCCAUGUCGAUGUGAUGGAAGUGUAAGUUAAUAUUGUUUUUUCCGGACAAGUGGGGAUUGAACACAGUCAAUUAUGAUUGUAAUUUGAUUGUUAGGAGUUUGAGGUUGGUUUACGUAUAAGGUGAGCUAGAAUUGUGGUUUGGUUGAGAUGAUAUGAGCUGUUAUAUUACUUUAGCCACUAUGGUGUUGUAGGUUCGACUUUAAGUUAACGUAUCUUCUUCUAAGCUAUCAGUUUGGAGUUAUACAUUAACUGAAAACGUUAAGGUUGUUCUUAGGCUUAUUUUAAGUUCAAAUUCUUCAAAUUGUGCGGCUUGGUUCACGACGAAUUAUAUUACCAUAGACAUCACAUUUUUCUUUUUUCAGAUUGGUCAUGUACAUACACAAUGCCUGGACAGAUGGGUCAAGUUGUCCGAAUGUAAUCAUUGCCAAGUGUGUAAGACACGAUAUGCACGAUCAUUACCAAAGCUAAAGCCAUUGGCACAAUGGGAACGACCAACUUGGUCGCUAAUAGUCGGGGUAGGUCACGGUUAAUAUGUUUAUGCUUUGAAUGUGAUAUUAGGAUGACUUUUGAGUUUUUAGGUUGAUUUGGAAUGUCAUUUUAGUUAAAUUUUUAUUCAUAAAAGGUUUUAAAAAUUUUUAUUUUUUGCACGGUGCAAGUGUCAAAAAUUGUUGCAUGGUGCAGGCCUUUUUUGAAGUUGAAUACUGUAACGGCUGAAGGUUAUAAUGGUCUGUUAGUGUGUUAGAUAAUUAAUAAUAGGCGUGUUAAAACAGUUUAUUAUGUUGAAAUUACAAUUUUUUUUGGUGAUUUUUAAUGAAUUUUUGAAAUUUUCUGCACGGUGCAAGCGCUAAUAGUCGUUGCACUGUGCAGACUUUUUUUGAAGUUUAUUGACUUUUAAAAUUGAAAUUAAAGAAAAAUGAUGUCAUUUAUAAUAAGAUAUGGAUUUUUUACUUUUUUAAAUCUAAAAAAUUUUAAAAUUUCGAAUAUUUAAAACUUUAUUGUUGCCUAAUUUCAGGUGAUUUUGAUCUUCCUCCUACUCAGUUAUCACAUAUACGCUUUGUACCAUUCCUGCACGAGUGGUGCCAUCAACACGACACACCUUAUUGUCUACAUUUCGAUGCUCACGGUGGACCAGGUGGUACUAUUGGGAAUGCUGGCUCUAUACCUAUCAGGCCAAACGGUCACGGUUUUUACGAAUCGAAGAGGAGUAUCGACCGGUAAGAAGCUAACAAAGGCGGAGGAAGCAGUACCAAAGGUCUAG